AUGGAAGUGAAUGAAGUGCGUCCAGAGUUUACGGAUCUUCUUCACCGUGCAGGUCGUCUGUCGGCGCAGGUUGAACCAAGCGACAGCGGUAAUCCGCCGAAGCAUUCACAGACGAUUUUGGAGGUUCUAGAAGAGGGAGACGUGCUGUUUAAGAAAAUUGUCGUACCAUCGGUUACGAAUGAAACUGUCAACAAGAAAACAGAUUUACUUUUGGAAUCGGAAGGUCUGACAUUUCCAAAAUACUGGAUGCCAUAUUCAAAAUCAUCGAAAGUCAUGGAAUAUGGCGGAGUUGGAGAGCAAGAAGAUGUAGAAGAGCGAGAACCACUUACUGGGUUCCAGCGAUUCCUGAAAAGUCGUCGAGAGUUCUAUCUCAGCCAAUUUCUUGAGGAAGUUUUUGAGGCUGAGUCGAAUAAGACACGACAAAACUUCUGGAAAGAUAUACAUUCUGAUUGGGAAAGGCAGGAACAGGCGUUGGUGAAUUGGCUUCCGAGAAUAACAUCUCAGAUAGAAGAAAGCCGCAUGGCUUAUUUCAAACCAGCUGAUGCAACAUCGCCUACCCAGAUGUCCGUUUUGCAGCGCAUGUUCGCUGACGAGGUUAUCAGCUAUGUGGAGGCAAGUUUUCAGCCCGGUGGUAAUGGGUUUUUACUGCCGAAGUUUAUGGGGACAGUCAGCGCUGCAGAAGACAAGCAGGGAUUAAAAAUUUGGCGUCAAGUGAACAUGUUGUCAGACAUUCGCCUCAGUGCUCACCAGUCGUUGUUUCAGCAACGAGCGUCGUCCAAAUUUGCC